AUGCAUGGAAUCUGCUACAAGCCAAGUGCGAAGAUCGACUUUCGUGGCUAUUCAGAUGCAGACUGGGCCGGUGACCUUGCUGAUCGCAAAUCGACGUCCGGCUACGUCUUCAUGCUAUUGGGUGCUCCGGUGAGUUGGGGCAGCAAGAAACAGCCAAGUGUGUCACUGUCUACAAGCGAAGCGGAGUACAUCGCGCUCAGCCUAGCGAUCCAAGAAGGCAAGUGGAUCAAUCGCUUGCUGUGCGAGAUCAUGGCGGCUGCAAACGAAGAAGGACCCGAGCUCGUCAUCCGUGAAGACAACCAGUCGUGCAUCAAGAUGACGAAGAAUCCGGUCAACCACGGCCGCGCUAAACACAUCGACAUCAAGUACCAUCACAUCCGUGAUGAAGUCAAGCGCGGCGAAGUGAAGCUUGAAUACUGCGAGACGACGUUGAUGUUGGCGGACAUCAUGACGAAGGGACUUCACGGACCGCGUCACAAGGACUUGACGGCGGCGCUUGGCAUCCGUGCGUGUUCGGAUUGA